UUUGAUGGAAUUUCUAAUCAAUUGAAAAUGAAACAGUUCCUACUUUAAAGGUUUAAGUUAUUGAUUUUAUUAUUUAGUUGCUUUUCAUAUUCCAAGAAGUAAUAAUGGACUUAAAAACUCUGAUUUUAGUUCUUUGUGUAUUUAAUUUUUAUGCUGAAUCCAAUGAAAUUGUUCCAUUUAUUAUUAAUGGAACCGAUGCGACCAUAGAAGAGUUUCCGUUUAUGGCUUCUCUGCAAUAUAAUCGGUCACAUGCUUGUGGAUCUACAAUAAUCAAUGAGUGGUGGGUUCUUACGGCAGCACAUUGUGUAUUUUACAAUCCAGCAGAAAUGUUAAGUGUCUUGGUUGAGUCAACAUUUUUAGACACUAACCAUCCAAAUGCAGUUCAAGUUGAUUUUUGGCUCGUUCAUGAAGGAUAUAAUGCAUCUGAUUAUUUUAUUCAUGAUGUUGCUGUUGUAAAAUUAAAGGAACCGCUUAAAAUUAAAUUAUUUAAUUGGAAAGUAAAGUUGGCUAUGAAAGGAGCUUAUUACAAGACUGGAACGCCUGCCGUCUUAGCUGGCUGGGGAAGAAAUUCUUCCGAUUGGCUGUCUGAAGGAUCAGUUCAAAAUACUUUACAAAAAGUAAAUCUUCAAGUAUAUACAGCAAGCGAUUGCGACGCUUUACAUGAUGGCAUUGUUCGUUCAACAAAUAUUUGCGGAGGUGUUGAAGGUGGAUGGCAAGGUCAAUGCAAUGGAGAUUCUGGAGGUCCUCUAUUGGUUAAUGGUGUACAAGUUGGUAUGGUGAGCUGGAGUGUCAAGCCUUGUGCUGUUCCACCUUAUCCUGGAAUUUAUACAUCAAUUGGACAUUACAUUGAUUGGAUUAAGGAGAAAACUGGAUUGGAAUUUAAUUUAAAUGGCUUUAUUGUGGCGUAGAGUGGUUGAGAUAUUGAUUGGACAUUAGCUAGAGCUACAUGCUUAUGUCCUCAAAAUUAUUUGCAUUAUUAAAAAUUUACAAGAAGUUUUGAAAAAAUUAACCAUUAUAUGGCAAGAAACCCUGUCUAUUCCAAAUUGUCAUCAAUUUUUAAUAACCAGACAUAAAUCAAUAAAGAAUAUUAAUUUGUUUCCCUCUCAAAUACUAACCAAUAAUAAAAAUUUAAC